AUGGUCCCUGGGAUUCUGGAAACCGGCGGUCCUGCUCUAGCAGGAUUGCAAUCCCGCUCUAGCCGCAUCACAACCGCUGCAGCGUCAAAUGCCCCGGGUGGAGCUUCCGCCUCCCCCGCAUCCGCGCCCGCUGCGCCUAGGCCCGGCGCGAGCGGAGGCGGGGAGGCGCUUAUAUCGGGGGAAGGGCUGGCGAAGAGCUUCGGAAUGGACGUUCUUUUCGAGGGGCUGGAUGUGACUGUAAGCAGAGGGCAGAAGCUGGGGCUGCUGGGGCGGAACGGAUGCGGUAAAAGCACAUUGCUGAGGAUACUAGCGGGGAUGGACGCACCUGAUAAGGGCAAGGUGCAGCGCCGGCGGCACCUGAACCUGGCGUUUCUCGCUCAGGAUCCGGACCUACCCGCGUCUCUGUCACUUCUAGACGCGGUGUUGUCAGCGGACAAUGCGGCCAUGCGUGCUGUGAGGGAGUACGAGCGAGCAGCACAGAGGAUGAAGGGGCGAGGUGCGUGUGUGAAUACGGUUUGUGGUUGUGGAGCAACUUGUAAAGGGGAUGAGAGCAGGGGUGAGGGGAAGGGGCAUUGGUUGGCAGGGCUAUCAUUGGACAAUGCCGCCAUGCGUGCUGUGAGGGAGUACAAGCGAGCAGCUCAGAGGAUGAAAGGCCGAGGUGUGUGUUGUGGGGCGGCUUAUAUAGGGGAUGGAAGCAGGGGUGAGGGGAGAGGGGGGGCUAUCAGCAGACAAUGCUGCCAUGUGCGCUGCGAGGGAAUCCGAGCGAGCAGCGCAGAGGAUGAAGAGCCGAGACCCCACCCCUCUUCAGAGGCAGCAGCGCUGCAGCGAGCCAUGGAUGGGGUGGAGGCGAUGGGGGCAUGGGACGUGGUGGCAGAGGCGGGGAAGAGGGCAGCAGCGCUGCAGCGGGCCAUGGAUGGGGUGGAGGCGAUGGGGGCAUGGGACGUGGUGGCAGAAGCAGAGAAGCUGCUGGAGAUCCUCGGGCUGGGGGACGCUGCUCUCACCAACGGUGGUGGCGGUGGUGGCGGGGGGAUUAUGGAGCGGCAAGUUUCGUCGCUUAGUGGCGGGCAGAAGAAGAGAGUGGCCCUGGCUGCGACGCUGCUGGCAAAGCCAGAGCUGAUCAUUCUCGAUGAGCCCACCAACCACAUGGACGUGGCAGUCAUUGAUUGGAUGCAAUCCGCCCUCUCCGACCCCUCUCUCACCGUCGUCCUCGUCUCCCACGACCGUUACUUUCUCGACGCCGUCUGCACUCAAAUGCUCGAGAUCGACCGGGGGACCUCCUUCCGCCACUCGGGCAACUACACAAACUUUUUGGCUGCCCGGGUGAAGCGGGCGGUCGAAGAAGCCGCCGCGAUUGGCCGGGCAGCAAACACGCUGCGGCGGGAGGGGGAGUGGAUGCGGCGAAUGCCGAAAGCUAGAUCGACUAAGUCCCGGUCGAGAAUCGACCGGUUUUUGGCGCUUACUAAAGCAACGGCGGAGAAAAGGCAGCGGCAGCAGCAGGCGGCGGUGGGGAGUGUGGUGGAGAUGGGUAUGGGGAAGGCACGACUGGGUGGGAAGGUGUUGGAGUUGAGAGAUGCUACGGCGAUGCGAGGAGAGAGCACCGUGUUUGAAGGGUUUACGUAUGAGUUUGGUCGCGGGGAUCGGCUGGGAGUGGUGGGCCGAAACGGAGCAGGGAAGACCACUUUCCUAGAUGCAUUGGCAGGGCUGCUGCCUCUCCCAUCGGGUACCAGAGAUGUGGGGGAGACGGUGGUGAUGGGCUAUUACACACAGCACAUGCCCCCCGUGCCGGACAACAUGAGAGUUCUCGACUUUGUUCAAAACUUCAACCCGACAGCUGCUGUCCUCGGCUCCUGGGGCUCCAUCCCUGCUGCAGCUGCCGCUGCUGCUGCUGGUGAUGGUUCUGCCUCUAGUUCUUCUCCCGUUGCUGCUGGUUCGGGUGGGGCUUCUAUGUCUGGAGGGAGUGAUUCGGACGAGCCUGUUUCCGCUUCGGAGCUUCUGGAGCGGUUUGGAUUUCCCCGGGCGAAGCAGUACGCCUGGGCGUCAAAGCUGAGUGGAGGGGAGAAACGGCGGCUGUUACUGGCAGCAGUGUUGGCGCAGCGCCCAAACUUCCUCAUGCUGGAUGAGCCCACCAACGACCUCGACUUACAAACCAUCGAGGCUCUGGAGUCAUUCCUCUCAGCGUACGAGGGCUGUCUGCUAGUGGCCUCCCACGACCGGGCAUUCAUGGAUGCGGUGGUUGACCGCCAGUUCGUGCUGCAAGGGGACGGACAGGUGUUGCUUUACGACGGGCUGUUCUCGGAAUAUCUCGCUGACGCGCAGGAGCAAAAAGCGGAGAUGGAAAAAGAGGAGAAGGAGAGGGUUGCGGAGGAGGAGAGGAGGAAGGAGGCUGAAGCAAAGAGUGUGGCUGAGGAGCGGAGGAAGGGGGAGGAGGGAGCAGGUUCAGGUGGGAUUAAGGUGAAAGGGAAGUCGGCUCGGAAGAUGUCGUAUAUGGAGAGGAAGGAGUGGGAGCGGUUGGAAAAGGAGAUUGAGAAGUUGGAGAAGAAAAAGGUGGCGGUUGAGGCACAGCUGGAGGAGAAGAGCAAGGCGGGAGAUUUUGCGAUGCUCCAAGGGUUGUCCGAUGAGCUUGCUGCGCUGGGACAGGCUAUAGAGGCGAAAUCAGAUAGGUGGCUCGAGCUGGCAGAGCUAGCUGAGUAG